AUGUCUACACCGCCAGACAAUUCCAAGACAGAGACGGGUGACGCCAACUCGGAGUACAUUAAGCUGAAGGUUGUCGGACAGGACAGCAAUGAAAUCCACUUUCGAGUCAAAAUGACCACUCAGUUCGGCAAAUUGAAGAAGUCGUACAGCGAACGGGUGGGCGUUCAGGUGGGCUCUCUUCGCUUCCUCUUCGACGGCCGCCGUAUCAACGAUACGGACACUCCGAAGCUGCUCGAGAUGGAGAACGACGACGUGAUUGAGGUCUAUCAGGAGCAGAGCGGCGGCCACCACUUCCACGGCCAACACUAG